CCUGUAAACUCCGGGAUGGGCGCCCUCCUCACGGUCCCUUUCAGCAUGGCGGCGUCAUGCUGCGGCUCGCUACUCGCCUCCUGCUGCGGUGCUCUCGCCUGCAAGGCCUGCGGCUGCGCGUGCAUCACCACGAGCCGCGCGGCGAGCGUGGCGUACAUCCUGCUGCUGUCGCUGUUCGUGCUGUGCGCGCUCGCGUUCGGGAGCGGCGGUGGCGACAUCGUCCUCUUCGGCAGCGGGUACAACAGCACCGCGGAGGGCUGGCUCGAGCACAUGAAGGAGCAGGCGAUGAGCAGCGCGUCUAGCUCGGCCGAGUCCUUUUGGAACGACCGCUUCUGGUGCAAUCGAGGCACCCGCACGGGUGGAUCAUCUGCUGCGCCGACGCGCCUUCUCCAUCUACCGCUUCUCCUUUGCGCCAUGGCGCUACUCACCUGCGGCACGACCAAGUUCGGCGCGCGCGCGCACCGCGGCUUCUGGAUCGCAAAGAUUUGCCUGCUGCUUUCGCUGCUCGUCACGACCCUAUUCCUCGACAACAGUGUCCUGCAGGGCUACCGCGAGUUUGCGCGCUACGCGUCCUUCGCCUUUCUGCUGCUGCAGGCCUUGCCCAUCUCUCCCCCGGGCUCGUCCAUGACUCGGAAGUCACUCCUCGCGAUAGGCUCCUCGGAGUGCCCGGCGCAGCAGACCAUCAUCUCGCUCACCCUGAUUGCGUGCGUGGUCCUCUCCGUCCUCUCAUGCUCCAAGAUUGCGCCUCACGGCACCCUGCUCACCUCCGCGGCGGUCACCGCCUACGCCACCUUCCUCUGCUACUCAGCCCUCGCGUCACACCCGGACGACGGCUGCAACCCCUUCUCGCACCGCCGCCACUCUGCGCUCGACAUCGUUGUCGGGCUGCUCGUCGCGCUCGCGGGCACGGCGUGGAACGCGACGAGCACCAAGAAUCAGGUCAUCGGCUCCGACUCCGCUUCGCCAAACGAGCAGCCGCUCGACCCGAACGCGGAGAAGGAGGCGCCGGCGUACGACGAGAUGGAGGAGGAGUCGUGGUGGUAUUACCACCUGAUGAUGGCGACGUGCGCGCUCUACCUCUCCAUGCUCCUCACUGGCUGGUCGACCGAGCCCGCGUACAUCGACGGCGUGCCGACGGCCGUCGGCACGAUCGACACGUACGACGCGGCGUCCUACUCGGUCGGGCUGCCCUCCUUUUGGGUCAAGGUCGUGUCGCAGUGGAUCUGCUUGCUGCUCUACUCGUGGACGCUGCUCGCGCCGUACUUGCUGCGCGACCACCGCGACUUUGGCAUCGAGUUCGACUUCUAGCCAGCGGCCGCGAGCGAGCUGCGAGAUCGGGCUUCCGUGCGAGGUUGAGGGGUGGCGGUGGGGAGGACGGGCGCGAAGGGGUCCUCUCGGGGCGAGGGUCCUAUAGCACGCGUUCGUGCACACGCGACGACGCUUGCGCGCCUGUCUUCGCAAAUCUGAUAUCAUGUGUGGGUGUAUGAAGUCGUGAGGCUGGAGCGGCUGUUCUCAGUAGAGGAUGGGAUAGGUUAAGGGAGAAGGGGCAAAACCAAAAGUGAGCAGUCACG